CUGCGCUGUCUACGUGUUUGUGGUCGAUGCCGCUCCAAAAUUAAAGUGAAUCAUAUAAAACUCGUCUCCAACUUACGCGACACUCGCGAGCAGCGCUCACUGCCAUUUCAGCAAAAAUAUUUUCAAUUCCAAACGCGAACGCGACGGAUAAAACUUCGACCAGUCGCUGUCGACUCUAAACUGCGGUGUGUUUGUUGUUGUUAUUGUUGUGUGUCGUACAGGAAAAAACUGUUUGCGUGGAUCAAAAACUUAAGUCAAUUAACUACGUUUGUGUCUGACCCUAAGUAUAUCAAUUGGAAAUAUAAAUUGUACAUAUAUAUGUUUGAUAACUGUCUGUAUAAGGCGUGGCACUUGUGAAAGUCUGUGUUAGUCGCUUGGCCCAAUUGGAGAUUUCAUCACACAAACAACACACACGGAGAGAGAGGCGUACAUAUUACCUGAACUAGAACAGCAGCGAGGCAAGGGAAACAGCGCAAUGGAUGAUUUAGAUGCACUCCUUGCCGAUUUGCAGAACAGCGUGCCGGGGCAGCCGCCACAGCCACAGCUGCAGCCGCAGUAUGGCACUGUUCAGCCCAAGCAGCAGCAACCACAAUUUGUUGACAACACGCCCGGCUAUGGCAGCCUGAGGGGCAAGGCGCAGCCGCAAGUGUAUCAGGAACAUUACAGCUCGGAGACGCGCUCGCCCACAGCGGCCGAUUUCAAUGGCUCCAGCCAGAACAAUGGCUAUUCGCAUCAAGGCACCGGCUCGCUGCCCCGCACGGGCUACAAUAAUGGACAGGGCUUGCCGCAGAACAGCUCCGGAUUGUCCGAGUUGGAUUCGCUUCUGCAGGAUUUGCAGCAUGCGCGUUACAAUAACGGCGGCGGAGAGCGUAAAGCUGAAGUCGAGGUGCCUACUAACUACAGCUCGCCCGUCUCCAAAUUCAACACUUUCAACAGCUACGUUUCGGUGGAAGAACGACCCACUGUCGAUAGCCUUCUUAAUGAGCUGGACAACGCGCACAUAUAUGCUGUACCCAAUGGAUCUGCACACAAAUCUCCCACGCCAGGACGACAUGUGACUAUCACGGUGCGCGAAACGAAAACCGAAAAACUCUCGGGACCCGAUGGACCAGUUGGUUCCAUCGAGGAGCAGAUCGUGCAGAAGAAAGAUUCGUAUACACCAAAUCUAGCAGCGCCUGCGCCUCAGCAUCAAGGCUACACAUCGCAAGCCACCAAGGAGCUGGAUGAUUUAAUGGCAUCCUUGUCGGAUUUUAAGGUCAGCAACGGUAGCAGCGGGCAACAUUCGAGCACAGGAACAGCACAACAGCUGCAGCAGCAUCAUCAGCAACAGCAUCAACAGCAGCAGCAGCAGGUGACGGACUACGCACAGCCAAACCGGGGCACACAGCAGGCGCAUCUGACGCAAACGAUCGAGGAGACGACAAUAGUCGAGGAUAGUCGCGAGGAUCAGUUGGAUUCUAUGCUAGGCAACCUGCAGGCCAAUAUGAGUCGCCAGGGUGUCAACACAGUGCAGAAGGGCUGCUGCAAUGCAUGCGAGAAACCGAUUGUCGGCCAGGUGAUUACCGCCUUGGGCAAGACCUGGCAUCCGGAGCACUUUACGUGCAAUCACUGCAGCCAGGAGCUGGGCACACGCAAUUUCUUUGAGCGUGACGGCUUUCCAUAUUGCGAGCCCGACUACCACAAUUUGUUCAGUCCGCGCUGCGCCUACUGCAACGGCGCCAUUCUGGACAAGUGCGUAACGGCCCUGGACAAGACCUGGCACACCGAGCACUUCUUCUGCGCCCAGUGCGGCCAGCAGUUCGGCGAGGAUGGCUUCCAUGAGCGCGACGGCAAACCCUAUUGCCGCAACGAUUACUUUGAGAUGUUUGCGCCAAAAUGCAAUGGCUGCAACCGUGCCAUAAUGGAGAACUACAUCUCCGCCUUGAACUCGCAGUGGCAUCCGGAUUGCUUUGUCUGCCGGGACUGUCGACAACCGUUCCAGGGCGGUUCGUUCUUUGACCACGAGGGUCUGCCCUAUUGCGAGACACAUUAUCAUGCCAAGCGCGGUUCGCUCUGCGCCGGCUGCUCGAAGCCCAUAACGGGUCGCUGCAUUACGGCCAUGUUCAAGAAAUUCCAUCCGGAACAUUUUGUGUGCGCCUUCUGUCUCAAGCAGCUGAACAAGGGCACGUUCAAGGAGCAAAAGGACAAGCCCUACUGCCACGCCUGCUUCGAUAAGAUAUUCGGCUAAGCCAGUGCCAACUGGGCCCCAAACUAUAGUUACGAUUUAAUACUGUUUUUGUACGAUUUACGAUUUAUGUCUUCUACCAAUACUUACAAUACUUCAUCUGCGCUUUCUAUAACCGA